AGACUUGGAUAAAUACCGAACCGUCAGUCCGUUAGAGACACAUCCUCCCCGAUCUAGCUCUUGAACGCUUCUGUGGUUCAAAGACGACACUGAGAAAUGUCUCCAAACACGAUCUAUGACGCUCUCCAGUCUUUUCCUCCAAGGCUGACUGUGGCCAAAAGGAAAGAGGCUCUGGAGUUGAGAAAGACUAUGAAACCACUAAUGGAAAAACGAAGGCGCGCCCGCAUCAACGACAGCCUAAACCACUUGAAGAAUCUCAUUCUUCCCCUCACAGGCAGAGACAAAACCCGCUACUCCAAGCUGGAGAAAGCCGACAUCCUGGAAAUGACCGUGAAGUUCCUCAGUGACAUUCCCGCUGUUAACGUCAAAAGCCCAGCAGACAGCUACAGGGAAGGUUUCAAAGCCUGCCUCCAGCGCGUCCCCGCUCUACUCCCCAAAACCAACCUGGACGAAGAGGCGCGCCAGCGAGUCGAGGACUUCGUCCAGAAGUCUAUGUCUGCGAACAGCGCGCCGACCUGCCUGAAAUGCUGCGCCCAUAACGCCAGGGCUUUCCCUCUGCUCCAUCAAAAACUCCUGACUCUGAAAACGUGCGUCAGCGCCAGUCUGGAGAGCCAGCCGGCGUCAGCAGCCGGCCGAGCUCAGUCAGGCCCGCAGCCAGUCCGCGUUGCUGUGUGGAGACCCUGGUAGAGCUCCGCAGUUCAAGAUCCCUCAUCUUUAAAGACGAGGAGUCUUUAAUCCUGCUAUUAUGAUGUGUUACUGUUAAGUUGAAUUACUUGUAAAUACGUAUUGUUCCUUAGAACUUAUUGUUGAAGUGGUUUGAUUAAGUAUUAUAUACUUGAGUUUUGCGCGCAGGUCCGUUGUCUUGUGUAAGUUGACAAUGUUAGACAGUCGUAUUCUUCUUAAAUCCGCAUGUAUGUAUACGUUCAAUAUUUAGUCCUCCCGCUGGACUGAAUGAUGAAGGGCUAUUGAAACAGCCCUGUAAGACCCAAGGGGUCAUUAUGUGUACGGAUUUGCACGAAGGACUUCAGAGUUCUGAGUCCAGUGCAAAUGAACUUUGUAGACAUUAAAUGUCUCUGUAAGAGUAUCUUUUUUUGGGGACGUGCUGUACUUGUGCUGUUUGCAGCACCUAUUGUGUAUAUGAUGUAAAUAAAUAAAACUACAACGUCGUGGUUA